UCUUUGGUAUUGGUCUUGGUCAUCAAUUAAUGGCUUUAGCUGUUGGAAUGAAAAUAAUGAAGCUUAAAUAUGGGCAUCGAGGUCAUAAUCAAUCAUGUAUAUUAGAAGGGACUCAACGUUGUUUUAUUACAUCAGAAAAUCAUGGUUUUACUGUUGAAACAUUAGAAGGUUUAGCUAAAGAUUGGAGUAUUUUAUUUAGAAAUCAAAAUGAUCAAUCAAAUGAAGGCAUCGUUCAUGAUUUUAAACCAUUUUUUAGUGUUCAGUUUAAUCCAGACCAUUGUGCUGGACCACGCGAUACAGAAAAUUUAUUUCAAAUAUUUCUUGAUAUUGUUCAAUCAUAUAAAGUAAAUCCAACCAUCAAUGUUAGAUCGUAUUUAAUCGAACAAUUAACUAAAUGUUGUAGCAUUGCUAAUGCACCAUCAGAAGCAAUUUCUAAUAAAAUUAAUAAAAUAUUGAUAUUAGGAAAUGGUCGUUUAAUUGAAGAAGAACCAAUUGGACUUGAUUUCUUAGAAAGACAACUAAUCGAUGCACUCAACGAAGAACAAAUAAAAACUGUUUUGUUGAAUCCAGCCGCAGCUCCAUAUGAAAAGUCGGCUGAUGAUCUCAAUCAAGUAGUAGACGUUGGUUUGCAUAUAGCCACUGUUGAAUGGAAUAUCGAAGUAUCGAAACCGAAUGGUAUCUUAAUCAGUUUUGGAGGGCAAACCGCGUUACGUUCUGCUGUAAAACUAUGUGCACAAAGUAUUUUUAAGAAAUAUCGAUGUAAUAUAUUAGGAACACCGAUUGAAUCAAUUGAAAUUACUCAAGAUAAUUGUUUAUUUACAAAAACGAUCACUGAUAUUGGAGAAAAAGUUGUAUCAUAUGAAGCUGCUAAUUCUCUUGAAGAGACACUGAUAUCAGCUGAACGACUUGGUUAUCCAGUUUAUGUUCGUGCUACUGAAUCAAGUACUAGUUUGCGACAAGAUAUUGCCAAUAAUCGUGAACAAUUAAUUUCUUUGGUUACUUCAAUCUUUGCUGAUUCAUCUCAAUUAUUAAUUCGUAAAUCAGUUCAAGGUUGGAAAAAAGUUGAAUAUGAAGUUGUUCGAGAUCAAUAUGAUAAUUGUAUUAUGGUAUGUAAUAUGGAAUAUCUUGAUCCAUUAGCAGUUCGUACUGGCGACUCAAUCAUUGUUAUGCCAAGUCAAACAUUAUCAAAUGAUGAAUUUUAUUUAUUACGAAAUGUAUCAAUGAAAGUUGCUCGUUAUUUGAAUAUUGUUGGUCAAUUUAAUAUACAAUUUGCAUUAAAUCCAUUAUGUAGUGAAUAUUAUAUAAUUAGAGUACAUCCACGAUUAACUUGUUCAUCUGUAUUUGCAUCACAAGCAACGGGCUAUCCAUUAGCAUAUGUAAUAUCUAAAGUUGUGCUUGGAAUAAGUUUAGUUGAAUUAGAAGAUACUAUUCUACAUGAAACAUAUGCUUCUAUAGAACCAAAUGUCGAUUAUGUUGCAAUUAAAGUUCCAAGAUUGGAUUUACAAAAAAUUAUUAGAGAUUUCAAUUUCAUGGAAAGUUCUGUGAAAAGUGCUCAUGAAAUUAUAUCUAUUGGUAGAUCAUUUGAAGAAGCUUUUCAAAAAGCUUUAAGGAAGUUUGAUAAACAUAUAACUGGUUUUGAUCCAUAUUCAGAAACAAUUACAGAUUAUAAAAUAAGUACUUCAACCGAUGAACGUAUUUUUAUAUUAGCUACAGCUCUUCGCCAGGGUUAUACAAUCGAGCGUUUAUUUCAAUUAACAAAGAUCGAUCAAUGGUUUCUUCAUAAAUACGCAUCAAUUAUUCAAUUUAUUCGUCAGCAUUCAGAUUCAUCUAUUACUCAAGAUCCACUACUUUUACUUCGAGCAAAACGUUUAGGUUUUUCCGAUAAACAAAUUAGUAAAUAUUCAAAUUGUACUGAAAUUGAAGUUCGUGCAUGUCGUGAGGAAUUCCAUAUUCGACCAUUUCUUAAACAAAUUGAUAAUGUUUUUGGUGAAAGGUCACCUAAAACAGAUUAUCUUUAUUUUACUUAUGAAUCCAAAAAAGACGAUUUUCAAUUAAAUUCACAGAGAUCACCAUCAAUAUUUUAUAACGAUUAA